GACUAGUCAAGCAAAGUGAAAAGAAAAAAACGAACGAGGACAUAACUCAAGGACACUCAGGAAGUGAUAGAUCACAAGAAUCGCUGAUAAGCGAGGACGGCGAUCUUUGGUGGGCCAGCUAGGAUCUUGGUUCUGGGGAAUCAGGGUCCAGCGAUCCUGCCGAAAUGCAAUACCACCUCGAUUAGAACUCGAAUCAUCGCAAAAGCAAAACCUCAGCUUGGCUCCCUAGCAAUACUUACCACAAGACUUGAGGCGAAGGAGAACAAUUGAUAGGCAGAGCGCCACAAAGUUACUUGCUGGCAAUUGAUACACACUUCUACUCCUCCGGCUUGCUGAUGAUUGCGAGAGACGGCACAGGACCCUCUUCUGCAAGGGCGGGGACGCUUUGAUCAUGAACUACUGCACGUCUUGCUCAUCUUUAUUCGUCUGGUGUUCCGAUUCGUUGUUUGCAAAGAUCAAAUCGAUCUAGGCCCGGUUCCUGGAUGCUAGGAUCUGGGUUGACGAUGACGAGGAUGAUGAUUGUUCCACUUCCGGUCGUGACAUUUCCCACCGUCCUCCAGACUAAUUCGAUGAAGAAAAUGUUCCGAUGAGUUCUUUCCGGAAGACUAAACCAAUCUCUGCCAACCCCCACCGAUUUCCCGAGUUUAGACUCGAUCCAAGUGCCAAACUGCUCCUGAAGUGGAAAAGCCUUUGCUACCGGUCUACCUUGUAAGAUGUCCCGCUCCGAACUACUUCAAGGAUAUUGAAUCGCAGAUGUCAUGGGUCUUUUAUCGAUUGGUAAGGCCCAGCUGCCCAACACUAGGCCCCCAUCUCGAAAUAUUACCCCUCCCUUCCCUUUGUCGUUCUGCUUGUCGUCCUAGAGUUUUUGCGUCCCAACGAUCUUGAAAUUGGCCUCGUCAUGGCUCACUCUCCCGUGUCGGAUACCGUCGAAUCCAUUGAUCAAGUCAUCCAAAGUAGCGAGUCCUUGUCCCAUAAUCCGUACGAAAGUUCCUCGAGUACCAGUCUUAACAAGACGCCCGCGCUACCUCCCUUAUCCCCGGGUAGAACACAGCGAAGAGAACAUGGAAACUCGAAUGAGCGAACGGCCGCAGCCGAGGAGCGUCGAGGAAGCAUUGGAGGUGGAGACCAUGGAAAGUCGAGACGUGCAAGGGAGAGCGAAUCGUGGAGCAGUAGAAGUGAAAUUACAAUGAACGCAGCAGGAUCUGCGAAUGCGAAUUUGACGGACUUCUUCAGCUCGGAGGUUUUCAAUAUUGUGUUGCAUAAUCCGACAACUGCACAUCGGUUUUUGAGGUUCUGCCAGAGUCGUGCUUGUGGAGAGAAUAUUGAGUUUCUGCAAAAGGUUGACAAAUAUAAUCGUCUUCUGGACGAAGUAACACAGCUGCUUGGAUCUAUUCAUUCCACAUACACGUCUCCAGACGCUCCCCGCCAGAUCAACCUACCACAUUCCCAUAUCAAGCACAUAUCAGGCGACCUCAAGCAAGCUACAAAUAUCACACUUCCUGCCCUUGAGGGAAUAUUUGCAGGAGCCCAAGACCACGUGGAGAAGCUGCUAGCAAGCGACAUCUACCCAAGAUUUGUCAAACACCAGGUCACCGCACAAGCUUCUUUGGCUUUGGCAGACCAUCGAGAAAAAUUUCAAGGGUUGGGCGACUGCUUUUGUCUGACCAAUCCAAAUAUCGCCGACAACCCGAUCUUAAUCGCCUCCGAUGGAUUCAUUGCUGUGACUGGAUACUCCCGCAAAGACAUCAUACCACGGAAUUGUCGUUUCUUGCAAGGUGAUCUGACCGAUAGGAAUGCUACGAGUCGGCUGCGGAAGUCGAUACAUGAAUGCGAGGAGACGGUCGAAUUACUUUUGAACUACCGCAAAAAUGGAGACCCGUUUUGGAAUUUACUGUAUGUGGCGCCGCUGCUGAAUGAAAAAGGCGAGGUAUGCUUUUUCUUAGGAGGGCAGAUAAAUUGCAGUACCACGAUCCAUUCUUGCAACGACAUCCUACGGGUGCUGAGUAUCAAUGACGACGAGCUCGACAAGCUGGAUGAAAUAGGGCCAGGAAAACCAAAGACUCCUAGUGUUCGCAGCCGAGAUGGCAAUUCUCGAGGAUCGAAGCCGCGAAGUAAUUUCUUCAAGAGCUGGCGAAAGUAUAAUGCUUCUGGACUUCCUGCCGCGACUAAGGUGAAGGUUCGGGACGAGGCUGGCAUGGAGAGCAAAUUGAUCAAUUGUGUUGGGAGAUUAACCUUCAGAACUCAAGUCGAAGCUUUCUACACUGCGUAUUCAAAGUAUCUUGUCAUGACAUGGAAUGCGACGACGCAGAUUCUGACAGUGCAGUAUUACUCCCCUGGAGUAAUCGACAUGCUGUGUCUGAAUCUUCCGAAUGGCGGUAUCACGCAUAUUUACAACAAGGAUAUCUUCAAGGUGUUUUCCGAGUUCUCGAAUUCGGCCUCAUCGUCAGUCAAUAAGGUGUUCAAGCAGACUGUUCGCGAUGCAUUGAAAAUGGAGCAAGCAGUCAGUGUGGAGACGGGUUUAUUGACUGGAUUUGAAGAGAAGAAGGGUACGGGAUGGUUUGGAGGGGAAAAGGAGGGGUUGAGGAGAGUGGAGGAGAGAUAUGUUACGCAUUGGACUCCACUGAAAGAUCAGGAUGGGAGGGUGAAAUGGGUUGUUUUGACUAUUGCGCCGAAAGGUUAGGGACUUGGGUUAGAUAUAGUGCUUGAGUCUUGGAGUUCUGGAUGGGUGUGUAUAUAAGAAUUAGGCGUAUUUUGGCUGGAUUCUAGAUACCUGAGCGGUAACGUUAUGCUAAUCUUUUUAUGAUAGGUAAACACUACCUUGUGUCUAACCUUUAACUUUACUAGAUUGAGCAUAGUGAUUUAUUAUUCUAAAAGCAUUCUGCAAAAGAUAAAUCCCAGAUAGAA